AGGUUGCCCGGGAGACGCUAGUACACAGAGAAGAGGCUCCCGUCGGAGGCCGAGUCGUCGCCACGAUUGCCCUCUGGGCUGACUCGCAGGCCGAGCCGCUUCCCCGCAGAGCUCAAGGAGGGGAGACCGUGGCGGGGGCGUCAUGAGUCAGAGGCAGGUGCUGCAAGUGUUUGAGCAAUAUCAGAAGGCCAGGACCCAGUUCGUGCAGAUGGUGGCGGAGCUGGCGACCAGACCCCAAAACAUCGAGACGCUGCAGAACGCGGAGUCUUGCUCUGUUGCCAGGCUGGAGUGCAGUGGCAUGAUCUUGGCUCACUACAACCUCCACCUCCCAGGUUCAAGCGAUUUUCCUGCCUCAGCCUCCUGAGUAGCUGGGACUACAGAUGGAGUCUCAUUCACUCUGUCACCCAGGUUGGAGUGCAGUGGCACUGUCUCUGCCCACUGCAACCUCCACCUCCCCGGUCCAAGUGAUUCUCCUGCCUCAGCCUCCCAAAGUGCUGGGAUUAAAGAGGCCUUGUUUAUCAGAUAUUGUGGCAACUAUUCAGACUACUUUAAUUUGUGAACUGUAAAUUUCCAUGCAUUCACUCACCAUGGAUUUCUGGCUACCUAAUGGACAGGAAGGUGUAAUGUCUUUGCUGAGAACUCUUCUUCUGGAUGUGGUCCCAACAAUUCAACAGACUGCUGCUUUGGCUCUUGGGAGACUGGCCAAUUAUAAUGAUGACCUAGCAGAAGCUGUUGUGAAGUGUGACAUUCUUCCACAGCUUGUUUAUUCAUUGGCAGAACAGAAUCGCUUCUACAAGAAAGCAGCUGCCUUUGUGUUACGAGCGGUUGGUAAACAUUCUCCUCAGCUAGCUCAGGCAAUAGUUGAUUGUGGAGCACUGGAUACACUGGUCAUAUGCUUGGAAGAUUUUGACCCUGGAGUCAAGGAGGCUGCAGCCUGGGCACUUAGAUAUAUUGCAAGACAUAAUGCAGAACUGUCACAAGCUGUGGUGGAUGCGGGAGCUGUUCCUCUUUUAGUAUUCUGUAUCCAGGAACCAGAAAUUGCUUUGAAAAGGAUUGCUGCUUCAGCCCUCAGUGAUAUUGCAAAGCAUUCUCCAGAGUUAGCACAGACAGUAGUGGAUGCAGGAGCUGUUGCUUACUUAGCCCAGAUGCUCCUGAACCCUGAUGCUAAAUUGAAGCAUCAGAUCCUUUCAGCUCUCAGUCAGGUUUCGAAACAUUCCGUGGAUCUGGCAGAAAUGGUUGUUGAAGCAGAGAUUUUUCCAGUUGUACUUACCUGUCUGAAGGACAAGGAUGAAUACGUGAAGAAAAAUGCUUCUACUUUAAUUAGAGAGAUUGCAAAACAUACACCCGAGCUUUCACAGCUGGUAGUUAACACAGGAGGGGUUGCUGCCGUGAUUGACUGCAUUGGGUCCUGCAAAGGGAACACGCGGCUGCCUGGCAUCAUGAUGCUUGGUUACGUAGCAGCUCAUUCUGAGAACCUAGCAAUGGCGGUCAUCAUUUCUAAGGGUGUACCCCAGUUGUCAGUCUGCUUGUCAGAAGAACCAGAAGAUCAUAUUAAGGCUGCAGCUGCUUGGGCCUUAGGACAGAUUGGAAGACACACUCCUGAACACGCACGGGCUGUUGCAGUCACAAAUAUUUUGCCAGUUCUGCUUUCUUUGUACAUGUCAACAGAAAGUUCUGAGGAUCUCCAAGUAAAAAGUAAAAAAGCCAUAAAGAGUAUCCUGCAAAAAUGUACUUACUUACCAGCCCUUGAACCAUUUCUAUAUGAUGCUCCUCCCAAUAUUCUGAAGCAUGUGGUUGGACAGUUCAGUAAGGUGCUGCCGCAUGAUAGCAAAGCUCGACGACUUUUCGUAACAAGUGGUGGCCUUAAAAAAAUUCAAGAGAUAAAAGCAGAACCUGGUUCUCUCCUUCAAGAAUACAUCAACAGUAUUAACAAUUGUUACCCAGAGGAAAUAGUGAGGUAUUAUUCCCCUGGAUAUUCAGAUACACUUCUGCAGAGGGUGGACAGCUAUCAACCACUGAAUAACUAAGCAAAGUUAUAUUUUGAUACUCAAAUUCACAGCAGAGUAGUUAUGAGUAACAGUAAUUAAAUCUUUCUAAAUAUUUGAACUAAGUAUAUUCUAGAUUUAUUUAAUGGGAAAUACCUUUAGAUAAUAUUUUCUAAAUUUAUGUAAUACUUUAAACAUUAGUAGCUUGAAUAUAUGAAGAACUAUUCAUGGUCAUUCGCAUGCAUAGGACUUGCUCUAAAAGUAGAUUUUAAAAACACGUUAAAGGGUUUUAAGGCAUUUAUUACAUGCAGACACCUCCAAUGAGAUAUAGAUAAGAGAUGGCAUUCAAAAACCCUAGAUUAUUCUAGCUAAUUCGUCAUAGACAUAGGCAAGGAAAGCUGGCCUUGCUAACUAUAUAGUAGGAUACAGAAGAGAAAUCUUUGAAAGAGAAAACUGAUGACAUAUACAGGGCACUUGAAGGAGACUCUGAUGCUAGUUACAUAAGUGCAUUAACUUAAGACACAGACUGUGUGGGUAACCUGUUAGAUUUUGCCAAGUUUAGGAAGAAUUUACUCUUUAUCACAAGUUUUCCAAAAUCCCUUCCCCACCCUAUCUAAAGUGUUCCUUACCUUUCAUGGGGCCAGUGAGGGUAGAAUUCAGAUUAAAGAGUUAUACUCCUGCAUACAUGCUCUCCUUCUCAUUGAAAGGUUUCUUAGUCUAGCUCUGCUCAUGAAUAAACAAAGAAGCAGGCAUGUAAAAUGGAUCCUUGUCCUAGCUUCACUUUUCCAAGUUUCAAAAAUCAUAUUUUCAGGUAUUUAAGGAAUAAUGUGAAGAUAAUACCAUCAGGCUCAGACUUCAACAUGCAUUUUCACUUAGGAAGCGGUAAACAGGUGAAAGAGGGUUUCAAUAAAAUUUUAAAUAAAAACAGCA